AUGGUUCAUCUCGCUUCCAUUCCCAAUGAUGAGGAGAUCAACAAGCUUCCCGAGGCCGUCAGAAAGGUGACGCUCAAGCUCGCCAACGAGGAGGACCAGUUCACCACCAGCGUGUACGGUUCAAAGUUUGCCGCUCAGGAUCUGCCCCGCCACGAGAUGCCCGACGGUGAGAUGCCCAAGGAUGUCGCGUACCGCAUGAUCAAGGACGAGCUGAGCUUGGAUGGCAACCCCAUGCUAAACUUGGCCUCGUUUGUAACGACUUACAUGGAAGAGGAGGCUGAGAAGCUCAUGAGCGACUCCUUUUCAAAGAACUUCAUCGACUAUGAAGAGUAUCCCGUGUCGGCAGACAUUCAGAACCGCUGCGUCUCCAUGAUUGGACGCCUCUUCAAUGCGCCCACCCACAGCGAGAGCGAGGGCGCCGUCGGUACAUCAUGUAUUGGUAGCUCCGAGGCCAUCAUGCUGGGCGUGCUGGCCAUGAAGCGCCGCUGGCAGAAGAAGAGACGCGCCGAGGGCAAGUCGACUGAGCAUCCCAACAUUGUCAUGUCCUCUGCCGUCCAGGUCUGCUGGGAGAAGGCGACGCGCUACUUUGAGAUUGACGAGAAGCUCGUCUACUGCACACCCGAGCGCUACGUGAUUGACCCCGAGGAGACUGUCAGCCUGGUUGACGAGAACACUAUUGGUAUUUGUGCCAUUCUGGGAACAACAUACACUGGUGAAUACGAAGAUGUCAAGGCUGUAAACGAUCUUCUGGUGGAGAGAGGCAUCGACUGCCCUAUUCACGUCGAUGCUGCCAGUGGUGGAUUUGUGGCACCCUUCGUUGUGCCAGACCUCGAGUGGGAUUUCCGGCUCGAGAAGGUUGUGUCUAUCAACGUAUCUGGUCACAAGUAUGGUCUUGUCUACCCUGGUGUCGGUUGGGUGGUCUGGCGUGCUGCCGAGUACCUCCCUCAGGAGCUGGUCUUCAACAUCAACUACCUCGGAGCUGACCAGUCGUCAUUCACCCUCAACUUUUCCAAGGGUGCCAGUCAAGUCAUUGGUCAAUACUACCAGCUGAUCCGCCUUGGAAAGAGAGGAUACCGCUCCAUCAUGAGCAACUUGACCCGGACAGCAGACUACCUCUCCGAGGCCCUAGAGGCCAUGGGCUUCAUCAUCAUGUCCAAGAAGUCGGGCGAGGGUCUGCCCCUCGUGGCAUUCCGGCUCAAGCCCAACGAGGACCGCGAGUGGGACGAAUUCGCGCUCGCGCAUAAGCUGCGUGCCCGCGGUUGGGUUGUCCCUGCCUACACCAUGGCACCUCACACUGAGAAAUUGAAGAUGCUGCGCGUGGUGGUCCGAGAGGACUUUACCAAGAACCGCUGCGAUGCCCUUAUUGUCGACAUCAAGCUUUGCACCGAGUUGUUGGAGAGCAUGGACAAGGAAUCCAUCAAGAAGCACCAGGAAUUCCUCCGCAAGCACUCUGUGAACAGCGCACAGGCUAGCCACAACCACAAGAACUACAAGAAUGAGAAGCACUCCAUCCAGGGUAAGCACGGCAAGACUCACGCCGUCUGCUAG